AUGGAGGAAGAUUGGGACUACCUUCAACGAUAUUUCAAACAUGCUGGGAGGAAGGUUUCAAGAGGCAUCACAGAGGUUUCAAAGCCGCGCGCCAUAGGGCCACUCAACACAACGCCAGGCACUAAGGCCAUCAUAGGCCGUGACGAGGCUCUAAAUUCGUCGACAAGGAUUAGAUAG